UCUUUCGAAUAUUCGAUCAAAUUGUUAAAUUUUUAACUCUCUUUCAGUUGCUUAAGUUUCUUUAAUAAUUGUUAAUUCAGUUUAUAUUUUCAAUUUACAGUUUUAUUUUGAUUACAUUGUUAUUUGAAACUAGUGAACCAAUGGAUUCUAACAAAGUUUCCGAGAGACGUUCUCAAGAUGUUAAACCUUGUGAGCAAACAGUUAAAGAAGCUGAUUGCUCUGCUUUCUCUUAUGGAGUCAAUGCUGAAAAUUGCUUAAAACAAUUAUUGAACAUUGAAAAUGAGGCAAAGAGAUUAAACUUCGAAUCUGUAACAAUUGCUCAUGAUUUGGAUCUGGAAAAAGACCUGCGACACGCCAAGAAAAAGUAUUACAACGAGCUGUGUGAGUUUAUGAGCAAAACUCAAGGUUUCGCUCAAAAUGUAAAGCAAAAGUGUGAAAUUAAAAAAGAGAUUUAUGGUUCUAUUGAUAAAAUUAUUAAUGGACUGAAAUCACAGGUUGAGGUCUGCAAGGAUAUUGUUCCCUUGACUCAAACAAUUUACGAUACUUUGGUCACUCGUAAUAAGAAUGAAAAAAAACACUACAGAGAUUGUGUAAUUAUGUUCGCCGAGUUUGUCAACGGAGCCGUCCAAGUUAAUGGUUUGGGUGAAUCUCAAGGAGUAAUUGGUAAAGUUGAAAUAGGUAAUCAUAGAUCAGCCAACGAUAUUGCCAAAGAUUGCUUACAAACUAUGAAACUAUUGAAGGAGAGAGAGUCCAUGGAUCCAUUUUCAGAGAAGAUAGCUGCCAAUUUGCGAAUUGAACAUGAGACUGACCUGCUAAUACAGCAAAUAAAUGCUAAAAAUGCAGAAAGUAAAGUCGAGGAAGAGCGAUUAGAAGUGGAAAUCAAUAAUAGAGAGCAAAACAUCAAGCAUUUAGAAAUGGAAAUUGAAAAGAUGAAACAAGAGGCAAGUGCUAUUGAAGAAGGUGAAAAGGCAAAGUUGGUUAAAUUAAUUUACUCAAAUAUGGAGAAAACUACUUCAUUCAUCACUAUGGGUAAGAAAAUUGAUGAAAUGAAGACCAACCUAGGAGAGCUGCCUUUCAUAGAAAAAACUUACCAUGAAUUGAAAGAAAAAUUGGAAACAUCUGAAGAAAAGCUUGUUUUAUUGGAAAACGAGAUCGAAAACGUCAGAUUCUCAUGCAAGACCAAGCAAGCUCAUAUUGACGAGUUGAAGAAAAGAAGUGACAAAAUGGAAAAGGAACAAUCAGCUCAGAUUCAGGAAAUUAGAAAUAAUAAUGGAGAGUUGGAAGUUCAGCUUCGUGAUCUGCAGGUAAAAUUACAAGAAGAAUCAGAGAGACUCGAAAGAAAUAAAAAGACAAAUGUAGAGACACUGCAGCGUCUAGAGACUAUUGAGAAAGAAUACAAAGCUGCCAAAGAUUCAGUUCGCCAAAAGAAAGCAGAACACAAGAAAAACAUGCGAGAAAAGAGGAAAAUCAAAGAGAAUCUCGAUAAAGAACUUUUCAUGCUCUCAUUCAAAAUGAAUCUACCUUGUUGAAUCUUUUCCCCAUUGUAAUCAACAAAUGUUAAAAAACAAAAAAAUUCAUUAUUAUUCAUUAUUCAUUAUAAUUGCAUAUUGUAUCUCAAAAAAGAUUGUAACCAAAUUUCGCGUAAAUCACCGAGUCACUUUGAAAAUUCAAUAAAAAAUUGACACUUUAGUUUAAAA